GUAUAUUUUGUACAUUCGUUUUUUUGUCGAGAGCCAGACACAUUGUCGACAAAAUUGUAUUGGAACAAUAGAAGUGAAUUAAUUUUUAUUAAUUUCGCAUAAACUGUGUGUGUACCUGUAUCAAGUGAGACUGAAAAUAAGUGGUGUGAUACUUUAAUUCAAUUUUUCUUUGUGUAAACUUAUACUUGGGUAAUUAAAUAAAAAAAAUAAACGUAUUGAAGUGUAAAGUGUGACAGUACAAACUUUCUCGUAUUAUCAAUUUCGCGGUAUUCACCGGACGAAUUCAUAGAAAAUGAGUUGACCAAACUUUUAUUCAACUACUUCUUGCCAUAGUUCAAAUAAAAUAACGGAAAUCAUGACUACAGACAGAUUUCACAAGGCAGCCAAGGAUGGCUUACUAGAGGUGUUACGGGAAGCGACUAGAAAAGAAUGUAAUAAUAAAGACGAGUCGGGAAUGACCCCUACACUUUGGGCGGCAUUCGAGGGUCACAUAGAGGCGCUACGGUUACUUUGUGGAAGAGGUGGUGAACCAGACAAAAGCGAUUACUUCGGUAAUACAGCCCUCCACCUAGCUGCAGCAAGAGGACAUAAGGAAUGCGUUACGUUUCUCGUGAACUUUGGUGCUAAUGUGUACGCUAUGGAUGUUGAUGGUCACACCGCUCAGGAAUUAGCAGCUAUAAAUGGUAGAGAAGAUAUCUUGAGGUUCCUUGACCAGGCUACGGGGAAGCUGGAGAAUAAUGACAAAAAAAAAGCGAAAUCCUUCAAAGAAAAAGCGAAAAAGGACCACGAGAAGUUACAAAAACAGUACCACAAGAGGCAGAGUAAAGCAGAAGUCAUGGCUGAGAAGGAAUUGAAGAAAUUGACAAAGGAAUGGGAAACCAACUAUGGGGAGGAGGUGUCGACGAUGCCGCACCGACCUAGCAAUGUGCUGAUGGCUUUGAAACAGAAGAUGACAAGGUCUACGAGUCAAGGUAAUUUACUAGACGAGCAACCAAGACCGACGUACAGUGCUUUAGUGGGGACUGUGAAUUCGGGCGCUCGAGGACGAGGCGCGGUUUAUAAGAAGGCACUAGCUACUAAACUGAAAAAUGGAACUUUAAGGAAGAGUAAUGCUAAUGACGAUUUUAAGGUCGGUGAAAUGGAAGGCACAGGGCGGCGAUCAGUGACGUCACUGAGUGGUGUUCGCCGUGACUCAGAAGUUAUGUAUGUCGGCACGUUCGGUGCAGGUCCACAGCAACGCGGCAACCUCGCACAGGUGUUCGACCCGGAGCCCAAGACGCUAACUCGAUCAGCGAGUCAACCCGAUUUCUUGGCUGCUCAGAACGAAGACAGUGGCAUCGGUCAAGAAGUAUUGCUACAAGAACCCGCUAGUAUCUUCGACAGGCCUGGCUUUGGAAGUGUUGCGUUUAGGCGUUCAAUAACAGCAACACUAAGUGCGUUACCGGGUGAGGACGUGUCUAUAGGCUCGGCGGGUUCGCUCGCCGCUCGCCACGCCUACCAGCCCGCUGAAUGGGCUUCUACACAAUCUGGCAGUUCCACAAUCACGUCCGACGAAGAGGGCGAAGGUGACGAAUCUGGUUACGCGUCACUCGAACGGUUCCUCACCGCUUGGGGCCUUUCCCAAUACAUACAAAAGUUUAAAGACGAACAAAUUGACCUGGACGCGCUAAUGUUGCUUACAGAAAGUGACUUAAAAUCCUUGGGAUUACCCCUAGGACCAUAUAGAAAGUUAGUGACCGCGGUACAAGAGAGAAAACAGGCGCUAUCUCAUCCAGGACCUAUGAUUGAUACGGCUAUAUGAUGUAUUUGAGGCUAUUUUCAUUGCAACUUAUUGACCACAAAACAAUUACUAGACUCACAAUCAUGUUUAAAAAUUGUUUGAAGCUCAACUCUGCCUAUGCGUGUAUUAGGCAGUUUUCUAAAAAGCUAUAUAAUAGACUUUAAACGUUACUGACACGAAAUAAGGUGCUAAUUCCAAUGUUUUUAACAAUGCCGCUUGGACAUAUUUGCCGACCUUUUUUUGAUUUUCCUGGGUUAUUGUAAAGUUUUUAUAGUAUGUCAAUGCAACUACAACGUAAUUCGAGAAUUGUCGUUUUACAUGUAUGUGUACAAUAGAUUUAAGAGCCGGUUUCACGACUUCCUGAUACUGCUAUGAUAGAUUAUUUACAGCAAACAACAGACAGAACUUUAAAGAAGUUGUGAAAACGGCCAAUAAAAGAUGACUAGAAUAUUAUGGUGCUCAAUUGUUAUAAUAUCAAAUAGUCGUCGAUUAAAAAUGACAAGUUUUAGCUCUUAAUAAAAUGUGUGAAAUUACAUUUAUAUUUGAAAUGCACGUAUGUUUGUGACUGCACUUUUAUAUUUUUGUAUUUCUAUGUUCGUGUUGUGAUAUUUUGUAUUCGAAGUCAUGCCUCAUUGUAUGUGAUGUUAGUGAACCAUUCCAUCCAUUAUCGCCAUAUUAUUAUGAACUUUUGUACAAAAUAUAUGAUUUUAUAUAAAAUA